CACGUCUACGUUGUCAGUACGUGGUGGGGGAGUCGUGCAGCGUGCACCAUGCUGUAUCACCUGUUGCUGCAGACAGUAAAGACACAACAGUCAGCAGGUGUAUCACCCGGUCAGCCUCACCUUCUGCUGUAUGACCUUGCUGACCAUGAAGCCGUGGAGAAGGCCGUCAACGACUUGUCACAGGCGUCGAGCGAAGGGUCCUUGUACGUCAUCGCUGAUGAAGUGGUGUCAGACCUCUUCAAGACUGUAUGUGACAAGUUGCUGACACAAGUUCCUCAUCUCCAUCUUUGGGCGGCAAGUUGUUACUAUGGACACGCACCCGCUGGCUGGCGAGUGGAAGAUUUAACCAGACCCCUCCGCUCUCCACCGUCCGUCGUCAGGGAAGUCGAGCAGGACGCAAACAUCACUGAGUACCGUAAUGUGCAGGAGUACAGUGAGCGAGGUGUGCCCGACCACACAGACGGCCCGUCAGUCAGACGGCUGUAUCACCGAGGUCAGGGUCACUCAUGUCGCAGGCCAGUUGACUGUGUGACGUGCGGUCGUGACGUGGCCAGCUUCCUACACAGUCUCCGUGUUGGUGUUACAGAGAAUGUCACGUCAACUACCUUGAGCGUCACGACCACCAGCGGCAACACAUCACCCUGUUCACCCUGCCUGCAGUGGAGAGACCUGCUAGUGUUGAACGGGUGGCCAGUUAGUGACGACUCGGGUUUGGUGAAAGCGCUUAAAAAAGCGGGUAUUCCAGUGCGGGUGAUGAAGGAUGAUAACACUGAAGACGUGGCCACGGCCCGCAGUGACGUGGUGUGGGCGGCUGAUGGAGGUCUAGUUCGUGGGCUGGAGAGAAAAGUCGUCGUCUGUGUCAAUGAUGUUGAUGAUGUUUUCUCUCGACUUCACUUCAUGUCACGGUGUACGUCACAGCUUGUGAUUGUCUCCCGCUGAUGAAAAACUGCUGAUCAUCUGACAUCAUCACCUUAUGACAUCAUACACAUGACGUAAUUAUAUAUAUACUCACAACACGAGGUGCAGUCCGUGUCUCUGUUUCCACAACAACUAGCAUCAACAUCAACAUCAUACACACUCAGUUUUGUUUACUUAACCUCAAAUUAUAACAGUGUGAAAUUAAAUGUCUUCCUGGGUCUA